AUGUAUGAUAUUCUAAAUAGUUCAGUUUAUUCAAAUAACGAAGUACUGGAAUGGACACAAUUGAUAUUUAAAGAAAUUGACUUCUUUGCAUUGUUAUCAUUAAGUAAAUCAACACAAGACUUAGUUGAUACCGUUUGGAAUUGGGCAUUUCCAGCUCAUGAAUUAAAUAAUGACGAUUUGAUAUAUUGUGCAUAUAUAAUUAUAAAUCAUGCAUUGAAAAGUAUAAAGAAAGAAAGCGUUGAAGAAUAUAAAGAGAUAGAAAUUAUUGACAACGAAUUGUUGUGUCUUAUUUUUAUGGUUCGAAAUUCAUAUAAGAAUGGUAAUCCAUUUCAUAAUUUUAGACAUGCAGUAGAUGUAUUACAAGCUAAUUUUUAUUUUCUUAUUAAAUUAGGAUGCAUUAGUAAAGAAUAUACAGAUUCAAAUGCAUACCUUAAUAAUAUUCAAGUAUUGGGUUUAUUAAUUGCAACAUUGGGUCAUGAUGUUGGACAUCCAGGUACUACAAAUGCAUUCAUGAUUGCUAACAAUUCACCAAUUUCAUUAAUUUAUAAUGAUAGAUCAGUGUUGGAAUCUUUUCAUACUACAAUUUUUAUAAAUCGAAUAUUGAAAAUAUGUUGGCCAAAAUUACUUACUAAAAAGAUAGAUAAUGAUUCAUUAAUUACAAUUAAAGACUUAAUUAUAUCAUCUAUUUUAGCAACUGAUAUGGGUGAACAUUUCGAAUACAUACAUAAAUUGGAAAAUUUUUCGACGAAUGAAUCAAUUAAAAAUCAUGAUAAUAGAAUAAAAUUAAUAUGUGCAUUGUUGAUUAAAUGUGCUGAUAUUUCAAAUGUGACACGACCAUUAAGAAUUUCAAGUCAAUGGGCAAUGGUAUUAAGCAGAGAAUUUGAGGAGGUAAAUAUGUUGGAUAAAUAUUUGAAUAUGGAAAAUUAUGAAAUCGAUAUCGAAAAGGAUUUAGUGUAUGAUGCUAUUCCCUUUGAUCUAGAUCAAAUAUUAAAGAUCCAACCAUUGUUGUAUAAAAGUCAAAUCUUUUUCAUAAAUACUUUUGCUGAGAAUUUAUUCAAGAAUAUUGUUAAUAUAUUUCCGCAAUUGGAAUUUACAAGUGAAAUAAUUCAAGAGAAUAAGAAAUUUUGGUUAAAUAAACAAAAAGAAAAUGAAGGAUAA